GAUCUUGAAUGGGGAUAUGAUUAAACAAAGUGUUUAUUCCCUCCGAAACGCCCGAGGGGGUCCUUUAAAGUCAUCUAAAAUCCACACUUGUCAAAACUUUUGGAAUGUUCAGAAUCUGUGGCAGUCCUUUUCAACUUCCAUCUCGACAGCUAUAAUAACCUCCAACAAGAAGCUUUUCUUCGACAAAAAUAGUCAUCUCGAGUUUGCACCAGAUGAUCCCGAGGACCCGAAGAAUUACUCCUUCAAACGCAAGUGCUACAUCACUGCCGUUUCUAUCUCUCUCGGUAUUAGUGAUGACCUUCAUGUCUCUGUCGAGGCCGCUGGCCUUGUUACCACCCUAUUCCUCUUGGGUUACUGCGCCGGCCCGCCCUUCUGGGCCCCUCUGUUCGAAUUCUAUGGCCGUCGUUGGAUAUUCUUUAUCUCCUUUACUCUAUACCUUGCGUUUGGAUUUCUUUGCGCCUUUACGCCCAAUUUUGCUGGACUCAUAAUUGGACGGUUCCUGGCUGGCACGGCUGUCAGUGCUGCGUUGACGAAUGGGCCCGGCGUCCUUGCAGAUAUCUGGCAACCUGUUGGACCAUCUCUUGGCCCGGUGGUCAGUGGGUUUCUCCAAUUACAAGAGACCUGGCGUUGGACCUUCUACGUCCUUCUCUGGAUGGCAGGCGCCACCGAAAUUCUGCUCAUCACUCUCCCAGAGACUCUUCCUAUAAUUGUCCUGCGCAACAAGGUGCGACGACUACGCAGAAUUCCCGGCAAAGAACAUGUUAAGGCACCAGUUGAGACGUCGAAUUGUUUCUUAGCGGGCAUCUACAAAAUCGCCCUCACGAGACCUUGGAAACUUCUUAUAGAUCCAGUUAAUUUCUUCGUGGCUAUAUACUAUGCCGUCGUAUAA